AUGAAAACAAAAAGUGGUAACAAAUUUAGAUAUGAAGUAGAAAAAGAUGUGUUGUAUGGAAUAUUUGAGACGAUGAAAGGUGAUUUGAAGUCUGAAACAAGACAAAUAGUUGUUCCUAGUAUAUAUCACAAAAGAGUUAUGUCAUUAGCUCAUGAAUCUAUAGUGGUUGAUUAUGCUACACGUUACCCAGAAGCUGUUGCUUUACCAAGAAUUGAGAUUGAAAAUAUAGCCGACGCAUUGUUAGAUAUUUUUGCAAGAGUAGGUUUUCCAUCGGAAAUACUUAAUGAUAGGGGUAGUCAGUUCACGACACAACUUAUGGAAGAAGUUUGUAGACUUGUUUCACUGAAACAGUUGUUUACUACCCCUUACAAUCCAAAAUGUAGUGGUCUUUGUGAGAGGAUGAAUGGUAUUUUAAAAAGAAUGUUAAAGAAAAUGUGCCAAGAAAGACCUAAGGAUUAUGACAGAUAUUUGUCUGCGGUUCUCUUUGCAUACAGAGAAGUCCCUCAGUCAAGUACAGGGUUCUCACCAUUUGAACUUCUAUAUGGCAGAAUUUUAGAGGUCCCAUGCAAACACUAA